AUGAUGUACAGUGUUUCCGAAAGAAAAAACUACAUUAAAAAUGUUCAGCUUCCGUACAGACAUAAGAGGCUUUUUGGCUCUAGCCAUGGUUGGUUGGCCAUAGUAGACAAAAUUAGUCGUGCCAUAACUCUCAUGAACCCUUUUGCACAAGCAAUGGCGCCCAUUCAUCUCCCUCAUUUGAAUGAGGACGUCUCAAAGGUCAUCCUAUCUGCUGAUCCUGCUUUGAAUCCGAAUAGUUAUAUGGUUAUAGCAAUCUACAAUUCGAUACACUUGGCUUUCCUUAAAGGAGGGCAGGAAGAUUGGAAUUGCAUCAGACUAGACUCACUACAUCACCCUCUUACUGAUGUUAUAUUUUAUAAAAGCCAAAUCUACGCGGUAUCAAUUCAUGGAACGAUUGUGUCAAUCAAUGUUAACAUGUGUGUUAUCAACUCUUCACAUCCUCCAGAAUUACUGGAUGUUCGGGCAUUCAUGACUCGCAUUAGAGAUUUGGAUCAGGCCUAUCUUGUGGAAUCAACCAAGGGACACCUAUGGCACGUACAAAGAUGUUCUAUAGGAGUCACACAAUUUGACGGCAAUGUACUUUUCGAAGAGGGAUUCAGGGUAUACAAGGUGGUGUUCAGCGAUACAGAUGGUUGCAUGGUGAAGCAUGUUGAGGUAAAAACCAUAGGAGAUGAGGCCUUGUUCAUUGGCAAAAAUUAUUCAGUCUCUGUUUCGGCUUCAAAGUUUCCUGGGUGCCAGCCAAAUUCCAUAUACUACACUGGAGGUUCGAAAGAAUUUGUUAUGAGAAUUUUCGAUGUAGAGUUCGGAACCGCUUGUGCAGUUAUAGAAGGUCGAAAGCCACGCGGACUUUGGAUUACGCCACCGUUUAAGGGCCUCGGCUAG